GAACUAAUUCUCUUUUUCUUUGUCUGCAGAUCUCAAAAGUGUGGGAGCUUCCAGUCUCAAUUCUUCUAAAACUCACUAUCCCCCAGACUUCUCCUUCUCAAUGGAACAGAUUCUAUCGAUCUGCCAACAUUGUUCUUUGCCCGCUUGCCCUUCUAUACUCUUGUAACUCAUUCAUGCCACUAAAUCAUCCCAUCAGUUUUCUCCUUCCGAAUUCCCAUUUUCCUCUCUGGCUAGUAGUACUCUUUGCAUGCUCCUCUCUAGCAGUUCUUCACUACAUAGUCCAAAAAGAGCCCCCCAAAACCGAGGAAAUUCCCGUAGUGCUCAUAGCAUUUGUAAUGAGCGUAUUUUGGAUCUCUGUCAUGGCCGGGGAACUCCUAAACUGCCUUGCAGCUCUCGGAGCACUUCUUGAGUUGCCUCCUGCACUACUUGGGCUGACAGUACUUGCAUGGGGAAACUCAGUGGGUGAUCUUGUUGCUGAUGUGGCAGUCGCUAAAGCGGGCCAGCCAGCGCUGGCCAUGGCUGGUUGCUUUGCCGGGCCUAUGUUUAACAUGCUUUUUGGGCUUGGCACGGCUUUGGUAAUACAGACUGCCAAUGUGUAUCCAAAAGCUUACGAACUCCAUUUCCAUGUUAGUAUUGUGGUUGCGUUUGUGUUCUUGCUUCUAAGCCUGAUGGGUUCCCUAUUAGUAAUAACUUGGUAUAGGUUUCGGGUACCUAGAUUUUGGGGAUUUUGCCUUGUUGGUCUCUAUGUUUCUUUUAUGGCAGUUAGCUUAGUUAUUGCCAAGUUUACUGUGUGAUUUUUUCCACAUGCCUGGAGAGCAUUUUAUCUGAUAAUUGCUGAACCAGCAGUGGUGAUCACGGGAAGAUUACAUGGCAAAUUCAGUGUUUAGGGUUAUAGCUGCUCAUGAAAUGCUUAUAUCAUUCAUCAUAAGAAGAUAAUUUGCUGUAUUUACUGUGGUGAAAGUGUUGAUCUUCCCUUGUCUGCCCAAAGUUGAGGUCAUGGAUACAUCCCAUUUUCAGUUUGAAGGCACGGAGCAUACAUCUUGUAUCAUUUUUUUAUUCUUUCAGAAAAUAUACUUCUGUUCAGUUUUCCUGCUUUAUUCACACGGGGCGAGAUAUUUAUUAUUUAGCUGACAAUCACCAAAUAUUAAAAGUGAUUUAAUUUGUCAUGGACGUGUUGUAGUCAUGGCAAGAAGAUUUAGCAUUUUAUAUUUGACCGGUCUAUUUUCAUGAUUUUGUUACA